UAGUUUUGAAAAUUUUGAUUGCUAAGUCUACUGUUUGUCGAUUAAUGGUGUGGAAAUUUGCAGCAGCAACAGGAGAUUAUAUUUCUCAACUGAGCGCUUCAAAGCAAAACCCGAUCCGAUGAUGUUACGUAACACUCGGUGACAUAACACUCCAGGCUAGGCCGGUCCGCCGAGGGGGGGUUAGUCGUGCUGUGGCAACGGCCAGCCGGUCCAGCUGCACUCUCUGCGCUGUUGCCACGCGGGAGUCACUUCACAUCCACACCUGCGGCGGUUUGGCCUCCUGUGGGCCGAGAGAGAGAAGGGGGUUCAGGAGGAGAUGAAGGCCGAGCUCCGGGACCCGUAAGAACCGAGGCGAGAUGGCAAUGCACGUUUUCAAAUGUCUGCGCCGGCCAGGGCGCUAGAACAGCGGCCAACAGUGUUGGUGAGAGGGUGAGUGUGUAGCCAUCCAGUGUUUUGACCAGAGAGUUAUGGAAUAUGAGGAUGCAGAACUGACUCCCACUGACGCCCCCAGCAAAAAAGGAGGCUGUUUGUCCAAGAAGACCCAUUUGACCCAGAUUGAAGUUAUCCCGUGCAAGAUUUGUGGUGAUAAGUCUUCUGGAGUCCAUUAUGGAGUCAUCACCUGUGAAGGCUGCAAGGGAUUUUUCCGGCGCAGUCAAAUGCCCACUGUGUCGUAUUCCUGCUCCAGACAAAGUAACUGCCAGAUCGAUCGGGCCAGCCGCAACCGCUGCCAGCACUGCCGCCUGCAGAAGUGUUUGGCGCAAGGCAUGAGCAGAGACGCGGUGAAGUUUGGGCGGAUGUCCAAGCGGCAGCGGGACUCUCUGAUCGCAGAGGUGGAGAGGCACCGACAGCAGCAAAGGCAGCAGCAGCAGCUUCAGGGAGACAACCAGGCUGUGCUGUCCUACCCCACCAAGAACCGUCAGGACCGCUCCCCGCAGCUUCUCCAGCCCAUAGGCACGGCCUACCCCUACGCUGGAGACCCGGACCUGCUGCCCUACGCCUCUGACGUCCACCCUUACCUCGUGUGCUCUCCCAGCGACUCCCAGGUUUCUGGAAUGAUCUACCGAAGCAGCGACGUAUCUCCUAUAUCAAGAUCACAUGAGAGGGGGAACAACAGCGGACACUCUGAUGUUAGAGGAUUUGACUCCAGACAUCAAUGCCAUGAUCUGAUGGCUAUUCAUUGCUACAACGCUCCAGAGGAUACUUAUGCUUUCUACCCUCAUUCUGUGCGAAACAUCGAGGAUCUGUGUGCCAGCAUUGUGCGUUCCCACAGAGAGACCAGCCAGCACAGACUGGAGGAGCUGCAAGCUCUCCGAUGGAAGCUGUUCAGCAGGGAGGAGAUCCAAGCAUACCAGAGCAAGUCUGUGGAUGAAAUGUGGCAGCACUGUGCCAUACGGCUCACUGACGCUGUGCAGUACGUGGUGGAGUUUGCAAAGCACAUCCCAGGCUUCCGUAUGCUGAGCCAGAACGACCAAAUCGCUCUCUUGAAGACAGGCUCCCUGGAGGUGGUUCUGGUCAGGAUGAGUCGCUUCUUUAACACAGAGAACAACACUGUGUUCUUUGAUGGGAAGUUUGCUGGAUCUGAAGUCUUCAAAUCCUUGGGCUGUGGAGAUUUGAUCGAGGCUGUGUUUGACUUCGCUUAUGGCAUGUGUGCUUUAAAGCUCACCGAACAGCAGAUUGCCCUUUUCAGCGCACUGGUGCUGAUCAAUGCAGACCGCCCAUGCCUGGAGGACAGAGGCAGAGUUCAACGUGUGCAAAGAAGUGUGGAGCUGGGACUCACACACAUUUUACACAGAGACAACCAGGAAAAUCUGAUGCACAAGCUGUACCAGAGGAUGGCGGUGUUGCGCUCGCUGUGCAGUCUGCACAUGGAGAAGCUGCACUGGUUCAGUCAGCGGUAUCCCCUCACGGCUCACUCUCUGUUUCCUCCACUCUACAAGGAGCUGUUUGUAUCAGAGGCAGAGCUGCUGCCUGUGACCCCACAUUGAUCCCCCGCAGACAACAACAAUCGCAAGCACACAAGAGUGCAGGCGUGUCGUAACUCUCAACUUUCCAGCUAAAUCUAUUUUUCUAAUGAAGAAAGAUACAUUUAAAAAAAGCACAGCAAUCCAAAUAUAUAUUUUAGUUGAUUAUGUCAAGCAGAAAUAUUUUGAUAGCUAGGACAUGAUUAUUUCAGGGAAACAGCCAUUUUGAUGUUUUGUGAGGAUGCAUUUUUAUCUCAGGAUGUAUUUUUGUGAUUCUGUUGGUCGUAGCUGUCGCCUAUCUCGGGGAUUUCGUACACAGCUAUUCAAAGAAGCAGGAUGAAGGUCAGCAACAGUUGAGAUUUUGCAGUUACUGCCCCAAAAGUCCAAAAAUGUUGACUGAAAAAAACAUUUUUAUUUUUGUGACAAUCUGGGGGAAAAAAGAAGCAAACCGAGUUUCAUACUGUUUGUGGUAAAAAAAUAAAUCAAUAAAGUUAGUGCAUUGCAACGGACGCUAAAAACUGAUUUCAAACAACAGAUUUUCUCAGUUUUCUCCUCAUUCAUUCAUACUAAUUACAGCUGCAUUUUAACACGAAUAUCUUGUGCUUUGUUUCUUCUUAAGAAGCAUCUUUCUCAGCUGAUUUCCAUUAAAUGUGCAUCAACGUUUGGCAGCAGCAUUGCAAUAAACACAACACAAAUCUAACCUCAGUAAACUUCAGGGACGAAGGCUUUAGUGGCAGCAAACAUGCUUCUUUGUUUCUGUGUCUUUGGAGGCGUCUUUUUCUCCUGGCUGGUGUCACAGACCGCGCAAAAAGAUUCCCGUGAGAUGCAAAACUACUCAAAUAUUCCCUUUUUUAUGUACUUUUCUCCAUCAAAUGUAGGCGCUUUGUUGAUUUCUCAUGCUGAAAUACUGUCGAUUUCUUUUCCUUUCUGUUUUUUUUUUUUGCCUCCAACUGUUCUGUUUUGGUUUUACUUGCAUAUCAUUGAGUGAAAUUGAAGAAAGCUGAGGUUUUCAGCAUUAAAUACUGUCUGUCUUAAUUUAGUUAACUCUGUGACUUGAACAAACUAUCUCAAUUCUUUGUUUUACUCUUGAAUAAAGGCUGUGACGCCAAACAAA